AUGAAAAUUAUUAUUGUAUUUAUCGUUUUAAUUACAAUUGCCGUGGCCUAGUCAUAGCAAGGCUUUGAUGAAAUCAAGUCAUGGAGGGAAAGAAUACAAUUUAAAUAAGAUUAUGAGAAAUUAUAAGAAAUGAUUCAAUAGGUCGAUCACAUUAUUGCCUAUUUAGAUACUGAAUAGGGAAAGAAUCUUACUCCAAAAUAAUAUGAAGAAUUGCUUAAUGAAAUUACAGUAAUUGAAUAAGAGAUCAAAGUGAUAACAUCAGCCUACAAAGAAGACGAUUUAUGAUUAUUUAUAUCAAUGUGUCAAUUAUCUUAAAAAGCCAUCUACAUUAAUA